CCUCCAACAUUGCAUUUCCAAUGAUGUUCAUCAGAAGGAGCGGUGAAUCAGUAACUGGUAUCAUUAGAAGCCUUACGAUUUUCAGUACCACAGUUUUGCAGGAAGAUGUGGAAAAAAUUUGAAAGCAAUUGAUACAUUAACAUCUGGCAGAGCUCCUUGAUUCAUUGGGACUUGGAUAUCAGCAGCCAUUCAAAUUGAGAAGAAACGUUUGCUUUUGUCUGCUUGAGAGAUUUUGGACACUGGUGUGGCAAGAAGAAUACUGAGACACCCAAGUGAGGGUGUCCUCAGCUUGGGGGAGUCAAAGUCUCAAAACUCAGUGGGGAAAGAUUGUAUACCUGUUCUGUUUGUAAUUUUAAACACAGAGUGACACAAGGAAAGCUCUCCCCAUGGGGAAACCGUGGAAAUGUGGGAACUGUGGGAAAGGAUUCCCUUCCCCCUCGGUGCUGGAAAUUCACAGACGUGUUCACACAGGAGAGAGGCCGUUCAUUUGCCACCGUUGCGGGAAAGGAUUCACUCAGUUGUCUCAGCUGCAGACACACCAGCGUGUUCACACCGGGGAGAAGCCGUUCACCUGCUCAGUGUGCGGGAAGGGGUUCAGGAAUUCUUCCAACCUGCGGGCGCACCAGCGGGUCCACACGGGAGAGAAGCCGUUCAUGUGCUCGGUGUGUGGGAAGGGGUUCGCGGAUUCAUCUGCACUGCUGAUCCAUCAGCGGAUCCACACUGGGGAGAGGCCGUUCACUUGCCCCGAGUGCGGGAAGGCUUUCCAUCGUACAAGCAACUUGCGGAAGCAUGAGCGGGUUCACAAGGGGGAGAUGCCCUUCAGGUGCUCUGAAUGCGGGCAGGGGUUCAGUCAGGUGGGCGACCUGCAGAAUCACGAGCAGGUCCACACGGGGGAGAGGCAACUCGCCUGCUCUGAGUGCGGGAAGGCUUUCGGUCGUGUGGGUGACCUGCGGAGGCACCAGCGGGUCCACACUGGAGAGAGGCCGUUCACCUGCCCUGAGUGCGGGAAGGCUUUCCGUUAUGUCAGUAACUUGCAGACCCACCGGCGGAUCCACACAGGGGAAAGGCCGUUCAUCUGCCCCAAGUGUGGGAAGGGGUUCCGUUAUGUCAAUAACUUGCGGAUCCACCAGCGAGUCCACACAGGGGAGAGGCCAUUCACCUGCCCUGAGUGUGGGAAGGCCUUCAGUCAUGUGGGCAUCCUGCGGAGGCACCAGCGGGUCCACACGGGGGAGAGGCCAUUCACCUGCCCAGAGUGCGGGAAAGCCUUCUGUCACGUGGAUGACCUGCGGAUCCACCAGCGGGUCCACACAGGGGAGAGGCCAUUCACCUGCUCAGUGUGCGGGAAGGGGUUCAGUCAUGUGGGCAAUUUACGAAAGCAUGAGUGGGUCCACACAGAGGAGAGGCCCUUUACCUGCACUGUGUGCGGGAAGGGAUUCAUCAAUUCUUCCAACAUGCUGACCCACCAGCGGGUCCACACCGGGGAGAGGCCAUUCACCUGCUCUCAGUGUGGGAAGGGCUUCACCCGCUCCUCCUGCCUGCAGAAGCACCAGCGAGUUCAUGUGCCAUUGCAGUGGGAUUGAAGGAGCGAGUGCCAUUAUCAACUGGACUAUCAACCCAGCGCUGGGGACUCCCGGGUUUGCAGGGUAGAUCUGAAGCUGUAACAAAAUUGGGUCGCAAUAAAGGUUACCUAAACUUAC